AUGGAGGUCACUUCGGCUGCUGCGCCGAGCACUGGGAGCUCCGCCAACGGUGUCGCAGCUGCCGCGCCGUUCCCGACCAUCGAGCCCGAACGCGUGGUUGAGCAUCUCGCUGCCGUCUGCGAGAUCGCCCUCGGCGCCACCCACGACGAACUCGAGCAGCUGGGAAGUCUGUUGCACAAGGCCCGCUAUGGCGAGACUGUCUCGCGCUGCACGCGGUUUGCGAGCGAUAGCCAGAAUGUGCUCUAUAUCCAGAAGGAUAUCGCAAACCCAUCUGCUGUAGAGGCCGGAGCCGACCCUGCUGCGCCGGUUACCUACAACUACACCCUCUCUACCGAGAUCUCUUCGUCCCCGACGACCGUCUCCUCUCUUGUCCUUAUCAAAUCUCCUCAACCUAUAGACCCGACACGACCCCUUACAUCUCAAAUAUUUAUUACUAAUUUGCCUGGCCCUGCCUCUCUCAACGCCGGAGUUGGAGAGCAGGGUACGGCCCUCUCUCCUUGGGAGGUUCUUCAUUCUCAGGUCCACCACGCCUUGGUGCCGUACUUUGACGCCAACACCAAGAGCCAGCAGUUGGCCAACGGGUCGAGAGGACGGGCGGAUGUUGAUGCGAAGACGGGAAUUCCAGUCACCAAGAAGCGACUCAAUGAUCUGGAGCUGAGUCUGCUCCAUCUUCAGCAGAACGUUGAUAUUCCCGAGAUCUCACUCACGUUUCACUCCAUCGUUCAGAAUGUCCUCGACGAUGCCGAAUCUCGCCAUACCCGGCCCUCUCUCGAUGCGAUCCCCCAGAAUCUUCUCCAGGACAGCACAUUCCUCAACCGGCUGCAGGCCAACGUCAAUACCUGGAUCAAGUCCAUUCAGGGCAUCACCAAAUUGACCAAGGACCCGUCUUCGAAUGCGAACCAGGAGUUCAACACUGCGAGUCAGGAGGUCAACUUUUGGCUGUCCAUGGAGUCGGCUUUGGAGGGUAUCGAGGGUCAGCUCAGGAGCGAGGGUGUGCUCCUGACACUCGAGAUCCUCAAGCAUGCCAAGCGUUUCCAGGCCACCGUCAGUUUCACGGCUGACACCGGUCUCAAGGAAGCUAUGGACAAGGUUCAGAAGUACAACCAGCUCAUGCGUGAUUUCCCUCUCGAUGAGCUGCUUUCUGCUACCUCGCUUUCCAAGGCACAGGAGGCUAUCGCGCAGAUCUUUGGACAUCUGAACAAGAAACUGAGGAUUUGCCCUUAUCCGAUCCGUAGGGCUCUGCCGCUGGUUGAAGCCAUCUCGGCCGAUCUCGACGAAGUGCUUCACCGACUGCUACCGGGAACUGAGCUGGUCAACCUGGACUACCAGCAGUUCCAGACCAUCAUGCAGACUUGCGACGACAUAUUCCGAACUUGGGAAGAGAAUGUCAAGGAGUUCACCAAUGUGGCCCGUGAAGUGACUCGACGUCGAAACGAGAAGUUUAUCCCUAUCAAGAUCAACAAGAAGCACUCGGAGCUUGAGUCGAGGAUCAAGUACGUCAGCACUUUCCGUGACAACCACGAGCAGCUCCAGCGGACGAUCAUCAACGUCCUUGGCCCUCAGGCGACUAUCCCCGGCGUCACCGAGACAACGGGCUCAAACGGCAUCGUCAUGGAGGAGAUGGGCGAUGUGGACGCCGUUGAAGAGGUCAAGCAGGCCUGGGAGGCUCUGCAUAAUGUCGACCUGCUGGAUGUCACCGACCAGGGCAAGGAACGCUGGGUACGAGCCGAGAAUCUUUACAACGAGCGCACGACUCGAGUGGAGAACUCUAUCAUUGCCAGACUUCGAGAUCGACUGGCCACUGCCAAGACCGCCAACGAGAUGUUCCGAGUCUUCUCCAAGUUCAACGCCCUCUUUGUCAGGCCUAAGAUUCGCGGUGCUAUCCAGGAGUACCAGAACCAGCUGAUGGACCACGUCAAGCAGGCAAUCAAUGGACUGCAUGAGCGAUUCAAGCAGCAGUAUGGUCACUCGGAGACUCACGCUAUGGCUCAGCUUCGUGAUCUCCCUCCUGUCUCAGGUGCCAUCAUCUGGGCUCGCCAAAUCGAGUUCCAACUUGACGGCUACAUGCGAAAGGUCGAGGCUGUCCUUGGUCCUGAUUGGACUAUGCACACCGAAGGUCACAAGCUCCAGGAGGAGAGCGAGCUCUUCAAGCAGAAGCUGGAUACUGCUCGAAUCUACGAGGCUUGGAUUGCCGACGUGGGUAGACGCAAGAUCUCUAUUUCUGGCCAACUCUUUGAGAUUGCUCGUGUCAGAUCUGCUGGUGGUAUCCUUGAGCUCACUGUCAACUUUGAUCCUCAAGUCAUUACUCUCUUCAAGGAGACACGCAACCUUACCUGGCAAUCGUACUCUGUGCCGCACGCUGUUACCACCGUGUCCAAGGAUGCCAAGCGAGUGUACCCCUACGCUGUUAGCCUGAUGGAGAGCGUGAGAACACUAUCCCAGACUCUGCGGCAAAUCUCGGUCAUGGGUGAGGAGUCGGUCCUGCUCUAUGGUUACCGAAACGAUGUCUACAAGUUGAUUAGUGAAGGUGUGCCGCUGCGAUGGGAGUCGUUCAUCAACUCGCAUGAGCUCUUCUACUCUGAUAAUAGACAAACACGACCACUUCUUCCUGGUGGAACCGACUUUGGCCUUGCCAAGAACACGGAGAGCAAGCACGGCAUGUUCAUUCGCGGUUUUGCAGCUGCUGUGUCCGUUCUCCAGCAGAAGGCUGUGUCUCUGAACUUCAUUCAUGCCACUGUUGAGCAAGCUUUGAAGGAGCUCAACACCUGCCCCUAUGAGGAAGCUGCUUUCCACACUCGCUUGGAUACGAUCCAGGCUGCCGUGGAUCAGCUGAACUUGGAGCAAUAUGUGAACUUGGACUUCUGGGUGCGUGGCCUGAACAGCAAGGUUCAGUCGAUUCUCCUCACCCGCCUCCAGAGCGCUGUUCACGCAUGGAUCGAAGCGUUUGAGGACGACACUCCUGAUGAUGAAUUGCGACGAAAGGUCAACAACAACAAUGAAGAGGCUAAGCCCGAUGGCCCGACCAUGAAGCGUCUUGUUCUUGAGCUGGCCAUGCGCAACCAAGUCAUCUACCUCGAUCCUCCUCUGGAGUUUGCUCGGGCUAGUUGGUUCCUCCAUCUUCACGAGUGGCUCGGAAUUGUCUGCAACCUUCGCAAGAUCAAGGCGACUCGAUACCAGAUGAGCCUGACCACUACCGCCAAUGAUGAGCCUCGCUUCACUGACUUGCCGUCGGAGUGCGCUGGCCUGCUGCAGCGUGUCUAUGUCUCUGUUGAGAAGAAGCUGCAUGAGGUUAGUGCCUAUGUCGACAAGUGGCUUCAGUUCCAGUCACUCUGGGAUCUUCAGUCUGAGCAGGUUUACGAUGCUCUUGGCGAGCAGCUCCCUCGAUGGUUGCAGCUUCUGCAGGAAAUCCGCAAGACCCGGUCUACCUUUGACACUCAAGAAGUCAGCCGGGCGUUUGGCCAUCUCACCAUUGAUUACGAUCAAGUUCAGACCAAGGUCAAUGCGAAGUAUGAUCAAUGGCAGCAUGAGAUUCUCAUGAAGUUUGCCAGCCGCCUAGGAAACCGUAUGCGCGAGAUCAAUGCAGAGAUUGAAAAGGCACGCAAGCACCUCGAGAGCCAGAGCUCAGAUGCCUCCUCGACUGCUCAGGCCGUCCAAUUCAUCACCGUUGUGCAGAGCUGCAAGCGCAAUGUCAAGACGUGGGCGCCCGAGAUUGACAUGUUCCGCCAAGGACAGUCGACGCUUGUCAGGCAACGAUAUCAGUUCCCCAAUGACUGGCUGCACAUUGAGCAGAUCGACAGCCAAUGGGAGGCUCUCAAGGAGAUUCUUGAGAAGAAGUCUAGAAUCGUCCAGGAUCAGACUGAUGCGCUCCAGGCCAAGAUCGUCGCCGAGGACAAAUUGAUUAACGAACGAAUUGCUGAAAUCGCCGCCCAGUGGAACGAGGAGAAGCCUGUCUCUGGAACCAUUCAGCCUGAUGUUGCAUCUGCCACCCUGAGCUCCUUUGAAUCCCGUAUCUCCAAGCUUCAGGAUGAUGCUCAAAUGGUGGCGAAGGCCAAGGAAGCCUUGGAUAUUCCUGCUAGCCCCGAUACCUCUCUUGAGGCCACUCUUGAGGAGGUCCGCGACUUCCAGUCUGUCUGGUCUAACCUUUCCACCAUCUGGGCGAGUCUCAAUGAGACACGCGAUAUUCUCUGGACUGCUGUUCAGCCACGAAAGAUUCGAUCCAAGGUUGACGACCUCAUCAAGAGCACCAAGGAAAUGCCCAGCAGGAUGCGACAGUAUGCUGCUUUCGAGCACGUCCAGGGCAUUCUUCGCGGCUUCCUCAAGGUCAACUCUAUUCUCUCCGACUUGAAGUCUGAUGCCAUUCGCGAACGUCAUUGGCACAAGAUCUACAAGCAAAUCAAGCCGCAGAAGCGCUUCUCACCGAGCUCGAUGACCCUUGGUGAUGUUUGGGACCUCAACCUGGUUGCUACCGAAGUCAUCGUCAAGGACAUCAUUGCUCAGGCUCAGGGUGAAAUGGCUCUUGAAGAGUUCUUGAAGCAAGUCCGUGAGACAUGGCAGAACUAUGCCUUGGAGAUGGUCAACUACCAGAACAAGAUCCGACUCAUUCGUGGUUGGGACGAUCUCUUUGCCAAGUGUAGUGAGAACCUGAACUCUCUGCAGGCUAUGAAGCACUCUCCCUAUUACAAGGAGUUUGAGGAAGAGGCUGUUGCAUGGGAGGACAAACUCAACCGCGUCCAUGUUCUCUUUGAUGUGUGGAUUGAUGUUCAACGCCAAUGGGUCUACCUUGAGGGUGUCUUCACUGGCAACGCGGAUAUCAAGCACCUUCUCCCUAUCGAGUCGGGACGUUUCCAGAACAUCAACAGCGAGUUCUUGGCUGUCAUGAAGAAGGCCAACAAGUCGCCGUACGUCCUCGAAGUUCUCAACAUCCCCAACGUCCAGAAAUCUCUUGAGCGACUCGCAGAAAUGCUCAACAAGAUCCAGAAGGCUCUCGGUGAGUACCUGGAGAAGGAGCGAGUCUCGUUCCCCAGAUUCUACUUUGUUGGUGACGAGGAUCUCCUGGAGAUGAUUGGUAACAGCAACGACACACUGCGCAUUGCCAAGCACUUCAAGAAGAUGUUUGCUGGUUUGUCAGGUCUCGUCAUGGACGAUGAAACUGUCAUUUCUGGCUUCACUUCCAAAGAAGGUGAGGUUGUUCGACUCAAGAAGGAAAUCUCUUUGGCCAAGACACCGAAGAUCAACGACUGGCUGGCUCUCCUCGAGGGUGGCAUGAAGUCGACCCUGGCUGAGCUGCUUGCUGAGGCCGUUGACCAAUACACGCCCAUCUUUGAAUCGGAGACGAUUGACCGAGAGGCUCUGAACGAGUUUAUGGACGCCUAUCCCAGCCAGAUUGUUGUACUUGCAACCCAGGUUGUUUGGACGACCGCGGUUGACAAGUCUCUUACCACUGGCGGCGAGACGCUCAAGGCUAUCUUCGAUCGUGAAGUCGAGGUCCUCCGCGUUCUUGCCGAUACCGUCCUCGGAGAGCUUGAGGUCAUUCUGAGGAAGAAGUGCGAACAGUUGAUUACCGAAUGUGUCCACCAGCGUGACACUAUUGAGAAGCUCAUCAAUGCAAACGCCAACUCCACAAGCCACUACCUCUGGCAGUUGCAGAUGCGCUACGUCUACGAACCCCAAGGCGAAUAUCUUGAUCGCUUGUACAUCAAGAUGGCCAACGCCAAACUCAACUAUGGCUUCGAAUACCUGGGUGUUCCGGAGCGCCUUGUUCGCACCCCUCUUACCGAUAGAUGUUUCCUCACCCUCACUCAGGCACUGUGCCAACGACUGGGUGGUUCACCUUAUGGUCCUGCCGGUACGGGUAAGACUGAAUCAGUCAAAGCCCUUGGUGUGCAGCUGGGACGAUUCACGCUUGUCUUCUGCUGUGACGACACUUUCGACUUCCAGGCCAUGGGUCGUAUCUUCCUUGGUAUCUGCCAGGUCGGCGCUUGGGGUUGUUUCGAUGAGUUCAACCGUCUGGAGGAGCGUAUCUUGUCCGCUGUCUCGCAGCAGAUCCAGAACAUUCAGCUGGGUCUCAAGCAGGGUGUCGAGGAUGACCAGUCUCAGAUUGAGUUGGUCGGCCGCCAUCUCCACGUCAACGAAAACACUGGUAUCUUCAUCACCAUGAACCCUGGCUAUGCUGGUCGUUCCAACCUCCCCGAUAACUUGAAGAAGCUCUUCCGAAGUGUUGCCAUGUCUAAGCCAGACAAGGAGCUCAUUGCCGAGGUUAUGCUUUACUCGCAGGGUUUCAACCAGGCCAAGCAACUCUCCAAGCAGACUGUUCCCUUCUUCGAUCAGUGCUCUGGCAAGCUGUCUAAACAGGCUCACUACGACUUUGGUCUGCGUGCUUUGAAGAGUGUUUUGGUUAGCUCUGGUGGCCUCAAGCGUGCUCGCUUGGGCGAAGGCAGCCUCGGUGCCGAGGAGGUUGUUGAACCCGAGAUCAUUGUGCAGAGCAUUCGGGAGACUAUUGCGCCCAAGUUGAUCAAGUCCGAUGUUGACAUCAUGGCCACUAUUGAAACAACCUGCUUCCCUGGUGUUCAAUACGUGCCAGCCAACCUUGAGGCCCUGGAGAACGCUAUCCGCGAGCUUGCAGCAGAGCGUCAUCUCGUCGUCAAUGAGCUUUGGAUGACCAAGGUCCUCCAGCUCUACCAGAUCCAGAAGAUCCACCACGGUGUCAUGAUGGUCGGUAACUCUGGAUCCGGAAAGUCUGCUGCGUGGAGGCUUCUGCUGGAUGCUCUUCAGAAGGUCGAAGGUGUUGAAGGCGUGUCUCAUGUGAUCGAUUCAAAGGUCAUGUCGAAGGAGGCACUGUACGGAAACCUCGACUCGACAACUCGUGAGUGGACCGACGGUCUGUUCACCAGCAUUCUCCGCAAGAUUGUCGACAACCUGCGUGGCGAAGACUCGAAGAGACAUUGGAUCGUCUUUGAUGGUGAUGUCGAUCCUGAAUGGGUCGAGAACUUGAACAGUGUCCUCGAUGACAACAAGCUGCUUACCCUCCCCAAUGGUGAACGUCUCAACCUGCCUCCUAACGUUCGAAUCAUGUUCGAAGUCGAGACUCUCAAGUACGCUACUCUUGCCACCGUCAGUCGUUGCGGUAUGGUCUGGUUCAGCGAGGACACUGUCUCGCCGAUCAUGAUGGUCCAAAACUAUCUCUCAACUCUCCGCAGCGUUCCCUUUGAGGACUUGGAUGAGGAUAGCGUUGCUACGGGACAUAGCCCUGCCAAGACUCUGGCUGUGCAAAGCGAGUUUGCCAGUCUGCUCCAGGUCUACUUGACCGACGAGGACUUUAUUCUCCAAGCUCUCCAGCGAGCUGAGGGUUACAAUCACAUUAUGGAGUUCACAACCGCUCGUGUGCUCACCACCCUCUUUUCGCUGCUCAACAAGGCCGUCCGAGACGCAAUCGAGUACAAUGGCCAGCACUCCGACUUUCCUCUCGAGUCUGAACAGAUCGAAUCCUUCAUCUCGAAGAAGCUUCUGUUGGCGCUUGUUUGGGCACUCACUGGCGACUGUCCUCUGGCUGAUAGAAAGUCAUUUGGUGAUGAUAUCUGUGCCUUGGCCAACUUUGGCUCGCCUCCUCUUGAUGGCACCAGCUCUCUCAUUGAUUUCGACGUCACUCUUCCCAAGUCUGAGUGGGCUCCUUGGCAGAACCAGGUACCAUCUGUGGAAGUCAACACUCACUCCAUCACUCAGACCGAUGUCGUUAUUCCCACGCUGGACACUGUCCGUCACGAGGAUGUUCUUUACUCUUGGCUCGCUGAGCACAAGCCUCUGCUGCUUUGUGGUCCUCCUGGAUCUGGUAAAACAAUGACUCUGUUCAGUGCACUUCGCAAGCUGCCCAACAUGGAAGUUGUUGGUCUUAACUUCUCGAGCGCGACAACUCCUGACCUGCUCAUUAAGACAUUCGAGCAGUACUGCGAAUACAAGAAGACACUGAACGGUGUUAUGCUCUCACCCACUCAGAUCGGACGAUGGCUUGUCAUCUUCUGCGAUGAGAUCAACUUGCCGGCACCAGACAAGUAUGGAACGCAACGCGCUAUUUCGUUCCUUCGCCAGCUUGUUGAGCAUAAUGGUUUCUGGAGAACAUCCGACAAGUCAUGGGUCACUCUGGACCGUAUCCAGUUCGUCGGUGCUUGCAAUCCUCCUACUGAUGCUGGACGUACUCCCAUGGGUGCCAGAUUCCUUCGACAUGCUCCUCUCAUCAUGGUCGACUAUCCUGGUGAGCUUUCUCUCAACCAGAUCUACGGCACUUUCAACUCUGCUGUUCUCAAGAUCAUCCCAUCUCUUCGCGGAUAUGCAGAGCCUCUUACCCACGCCAUGGUUCGCUUCUAUCUCGAGUCCCAGCAAAGAUUCACACCCAAGAUUCAGCCCCACUAUGUCUACUCCCCUCGUGAACUCACUCGAUGGGUCCGUGGUGUGUACGAGGCUAUCCGGCCCCUGGAAGCCUUGACCAUUGAAGGUCUUAUCCGAAUCUGGGCUCACGAAGCUCUGCGCCUCUUCCAAGAUCGACUGGUGGCUGAAGAGGAGCGACAGUGGACCGAUGAGAGCGUACGACGCAUCGCAUUGGAGUUCUUCCCCAACAUUGAUGAGGAGAAGGCACUUGGAGGCCCUAUUCUGUUCUCCAACUGGCUGUCCAAGAAUUAUGUCCCGGUUGAUCGUGAGCAGCUGCGAGACUUUGUCAGGGCUAGGCUCAAGACCUUCUGCGAGGAAGAGGUUGACGUGCCCCUGAUCCUCUUCAACGAUGUCUUGGAGCACGUGCUGCGUAUCGAUCGUGUCUUCCGACAGCCCCAAGGCCAUCUCAUCUUGAUUGGUGUCAGUGGCAGUGGCAAGACUACACUGUCUCGCUUUGUGGCUUGGAUGAACGGCCUCAAGGUCUUCCAGAUCAAGGUCCACGGAAAGUACUCUGCUGAGGACUUUGAUGACGAUCUUCGAGAUGUCCUUCGACGAUGCGGUUGCAAGGGUGAGAAGAUUUGCUUCAUUAUGGACGAGUCGAACGUCUUGGACUCGGGUUUCCUGGAGAGAAUGAACACCCUGCUCGCCAAUGCCGAAGUUCCCGGUCUUUUCGAGGGAGACGAGUAUGCAGCCCUUAUGACUGCUUGCAAGGAGGGUGCUCAGCGCCAGAACCUGCACCUAGACUCGCCAGAGGAACUAUACAAGUGGUUCACGCAGCAGAUCGUCAAGAACCUACACGUCGUGUUUACCAUGAACCCCCCCGAGGAUGGCCUCUCCUCAAAGGCUGCGACCAGUCCUGCCUUGUUCAACCGAUGCGUCCUCAACUGGUUCGGAGACUGGUCUGAUCAGGCUCUCUUCCAAGUCGGCCAUGAGCUCACCCAAUCUAUCGACUUGGACCGAAGCAACUUUGAGUGUCCUGAUACCAUUCCUGUGGCAUACCGUGGUCUGCAACUGCCUCCUUCUCAUCGUGAGACAGUUGUUAACUCGAUGGUGCACAUCCACUAUUCGCUGCAGCGAUACAACGAGAAGCUGCUCAAGCAACAGGGCAAGGUUACUUUCUUGACGCCUCGACACUUCCUUGACUUUGUCACGCAAUACAUCAAGCUCUACAACGAAAAGCGGGAGGAUCUUGAGGAACAGCAGCGUCACUUGAACGUUGGUCUAGAGAAGCUUAGAGACACGGUGGACAAGGUUCGCGAUCUUCGAGUGAGCCUUGCGGAGAAGAAGAAGCAACUGGAGCAGAAGGAUGCGGAGGCGAACGAGAAGCUGCAGCGCAUGGUUGCUGAUCAGCGUGUGGCGGAACAGAGGAAGAAUACUUCACUAGAGAUUCAGGCCAAUUUGGAGAAGCAGGAGGCAGAGGUUGCCUCGCGGAAGAAGGUUGUGCUGGAGGAUCUCGCAAAGGCAGAACCCGCUGUCGAGGAGGCCAAGGCCAGUGUCAGCAACAUCAAGCGUCAACAUCUGACCGAAGUCAGGUCCAUGGGCAACCCACCUCAGGGUGUUCGACUUGCCAUGGAUGCCGUAUGCACUUUGCUCGGUCACAGGAUCAACGACUGGAAGGCGGUGCAAGGAAUCGUGCGAAAGGACGACUUCAUUGCCAGCAUUCUCAUGUUUGACAACGCCAAGCAGAUGACCAAGGGCUUGAGGAACAAGAUGCGCAACGACUUCUUGUCCAACCCUGAAUUCACCUUUGAGAAGGUCAACCGCGCUUCCAAGGCUUGCGGUCCUCUCGUGCAGUGGGUUGCUGCCCAGGUCAACUACUUUGACAUUCUCGACCGGGUCGGUCCUCUCAAGAUCGAGGUCGAGCAGCUCGAGGAUCAAGCCCUGGAGACCAAGGCCCAGGCCAAGUCUGUGCAGAACAACAUCGCGGAGCUCGAGGCCAGCAUCAACAUGUACAAGACUGAGUAUGCUGCGCUUAUCAGUGAGACCCAGGCCAUCAAGGCCGAGAUGUCGAGAGUCCAGUUCAAGGUGGACCGCAGUGUCAGACUUCUCGACAGUCUGUCCUCGGAACGAGUUCGCUGGGAGGCUGGAAGCAAGUCGUUCGAAAUCCAAAUCAGCACCCUCGUCGGAGAUGUCCUGGUGGCUGCGGCCUUCCUGGCGUACAGUGGUCUAUACGAUCAGACAUUCCGAAAGUCAAUGAUGGACGACUGGUUCCAUCAGCUUCACCUGUCUGGUAUUCAGUACAAGUCGCCAAACCCUGUUACUGAAUACCUGUCUACAGCUGAUGAACGCCUGGGCUGGCAGGAGAAUGCCCUCCCCGUCGAUGAUCUGUGCACUGAGAAUGCCAUCAUUCUCAAGCGUUUCAACCGUUACCCACUAAUCAUCGACCCUUCGGGACGAGUUACCGAGUUCCUGCAGAAGGAAUGCAAGGAUCGCCGCCUGACGGUGACGAGCUUCUUGGACGAUACCUUUACCAAGCAGCUCGAGAGUUCUCUUCGAUUCGGAAACCCCAUUCUCAUCCAGGAUGCCGAGCAUCUGGAUCCUAUCCUCAACCACGUCCUCAACAAGGAAUGUCAACGAACUGGUGGUCGUGUUCUCAUCCAGCUCGGCAAGCAGGAGAUCGACUUUUCGCCAGCCUUCAAGCUCUACCUUUCCACUCGCGAUCCAUCGGCCACCUUUGCCCCUGACAUCUGCAGUCGAACCACCUUUGUCAACUUUACUGUCACACAGAGCAGUCUGCAGACCCAGUCACUGAACGAUGUGCUCAAGUCAGAGCGGCCGGAUGUUGACGAGCGACGCUCCAACCUCAUCAAGCUUCAGGGAGAGUUCAAGAUUCACUUACGACAGCUGGAGAAGCGGCUGCUUCAGGCUCUCAACGAGUCUCGUGGUAACAUUCUGGAUGAUGACAACGUCAUCGAGACGCUCGAGACUCUCAAGACCGAGGCUGCAGAGAUCUCUGCCAAGAUGAGCAACACCGAGGGUGUCAUGGCUGAGGUGGAGGAAAUCACACAGCAGUACAGCAUCAUUGCCCGAUCUUGCAGUGCUGUCUUUGCUGUUCUGGAGCAACUGCACUACCUCAACCACUUCUACCAGUUCUCGCUCCAGUACUUCCUCGACAUCUUCCAGUCAGUGCUCCACGGCAACAAGAACCUCGCCAACGUGACAGACCACAACGCCAGACGCGAUGUCAUUGUCAAGGACCUCUUUGUCAACACAUUCAAGCGGACCGCACUUGGUCUGCUCCAAAAGGACCGCAUCACUCUGGGAAUGCUUCUCGCUCAGGCCUCUCCCUACAAGAUGGACAAGUCUGUCAUCGACAUGAUCCUCGACAACCGUGUUGAGGGCAAGGACCUCUCGUCACACCCUGACGACAGAGAAAACGCAUUCGCGCAGGCCAAGAAGCUUAGCGCUAUCAAGGACAAGAUUGAUGCCAUCUCAACCGAGGACUGGGACAAAUUCUUCACUGAGGAGUUGGCCGAGAACGCUGUGCCCCAGAUCUGGGAUGAGAAGACUGAGGCCGUGGACCAAGCCCUUCUGUCUCUCCUGCUCGUCAAGCUAUUCAGGAUGGACCGAUUUGUUCCCGCCGCCGAACGCUUCGUUGCUCAGGUCUUUGGUUCCGACAUCUUUGAUAUCGUCGAGGACCUGAAGCAGACCGUCACUCAAGUAUCUGCCACACUGCCAAUCUCCCUGGUGUCGAGCCCCGGCUUCGACGCCAGUUACAAGGUGGACAACCUGGUCGAGAGGAUGCGCGUCAAGUGCACAAACAUCGCCAUGGGUUCCAACGAAGGUCUCGCCAGCGCCGACAAGGCUAUCAGCAAUGCCGCCCAGACUGGCUCAUGGGUCUUGGUCAAGAACGUGCACUUGGCUCCUACCUGGCUUCAGAGCUUGGAGAAGCGCAUGGAGUCACUCAACCCUCACUCAGACUUCCGUCUCUUCCUUUCCAUGGAAUCGAGCCCCAAGAUUCCUGUCAACCUGCUCCGAGCCUCCCGCGUGCUCAUGUACGAGCAGCCUGCUGGUGUGAGGGCUAACAUGAAGGACUCGAUGUCAUCCCUGUCCACGCGAGCCACCAAGAGCCCCGUGGAGAGAACACGACUUUACCUGCUUCUGUCCUUCUUGCACGCCGUCGUGCAAGAGAGACUGCGAUAUGCGCCAAACCUUGGCUGGAAGGGAUUCUGGGAGUUUAACGACAGUGACUAUGAGUGCUCCGCCUACAUUGUCGAUACUUGGAUCGACGGCGUAGCAGGCAACCGAACCAACCUUGCGCCCCAGAAUAUCCCAUGGGAGAUGCUGCGAUACCUUGUGACUGAAACGUAUGGUGGCAAGAUUGACGAUGAAGGAGAUUUCAAGCUCCUUUCUCAGCUCGUCACAUCAUUCCUCACUCCCGCCGCCUACGAGGUUGACCACAAGCUUGUCGAUGGACCCGAGGGCGGUCUCGUUGUGCCAUCAGGCACAAGUUUCCAGGACUUCCAGGCUUGGAUUCACCGUCUGCCCGAACGCGAGCCCCCUACCUAUCUUGGCCUGCCUGCCAACGCCGAGAAGCUACUCCUCGGAGGCCUCGGUCGCAGCCUGAUUGGCAACCUGCGCAAGGUUACUGAACUGCUCGACGAGGGCGAGCAGCUGGUGACGGAGGUUUAA